CAAGGCAACUUAUAGAAUUAAAUUUCUACAAAUAGCGGCGGCACGAAAUUACACCGGUAAUUGGCCUGCAACACAAAUGGCAAAAAUUAAAGCAGCACUGAUAGACCUUAGCGGAACUCUGCACGUCGACGACCAGCCAACGCCUGGAGCUGUCGAAGCAUUGCAAAAGCUUCGAAGUCUAGGAAUAACGGUAAAAUUUGUAACAAACACCACUAAGGAAAGUGUGUCGUCCUUGUACGCCCGCCUGGUGAAGAUUGGUUUUCAAUUGGAGCAAAACGAAAUCUGCAGUUCGCUCAUCGCAGCAUCGGCUUACGUUCAAACCAACGGACUUAAUCCGUACUAUAUUGUAACGGACGAUGCACGACAAGACUUUCCUGCGCAUGAUGCCUCUCGUGAAUAUGACUCGGUGGUAAUCGGUUUAGCACCGGAGAGUUUUUCCUAUAAAUUUUUGGAUGAAGCAUUUCGAAUUCUUCACCACAGUAAAGGGAGAGCCCGCUUAGUUGCCAUUCACGAAGGCAAAUACUACAAAGCAAAGCAGGGAAUUUCUCUCGGACCAGGAUGCUUUGUUAAGGGUCUGGAAUAUAGUACCGGAAUCAAAAGCAUUUGUGUUGGAAAACCAAAUGAAUACUUCUUUCGGUCCGCGUUACCGGAAGGACUGAAACCCGAAGAGUGCGUCAUGAUUGGAGAUGAUCCGAACGAUGAUUGUUUGGGGGCAAUGGCUAUCGGAAUGCAAGGAUUCUUAGUAGAAACAGGAAAAUAUCAACCAGAACUGUAUACUGAGGAUACUAUCCCCAAGGUUAGUGGUAUCUUCAAAGAUUUUCGCUCAGUUGUCGAUUAUUUGUCCGAACAUAUUGGCCAGUAACCCUAAGGAAUUCUUUUACAGCUAUGCUACCAAAAAUACGUUACUUUUAGAUAGUAAAAAUUAAAAAUAGUCGUACAUUUUAGACGUUUGCUUAUAGGAAUAAAAAAUAAAGAACAUAAUUCGC